AUGGAAAAGGAUCAUGCUAACCGCUCUAAGCAGCUUGCUUUUAGCCUCUCUAAAUUUGAUGACUGGAAGAUAAGAAUGCAGGCCCUCCUCUGCUCCAUACAUGACGAGAUGUGGGACGUCAUAACAACUGGACCAAUCACAGUCAUGAUGGCGAACACACAAGCCGCAGCUCAAGGAGCCGGUGCUGAAGUCCGAAAAUGCAAGAAUGCCAUGGAAAUAUGGAACGUUUUAAUGAAUCUGGGAGAAGGUGAUGAACAGGAGAAGGACAACAAACUAACUGUGGCUAUGAAGAAGUUUGAAGACUUCAAAAUGUUGCCAAAUGAAACGAUCAUGGACAUGGAACUGAGGUUCACCAGACUCAUGGGAGAUCUGUCAUAUCUCGGGAAGGAACUAACUGAGAAAGAAAAGAAUCUGAAGAUUCUUCGUGGUCUGCCAAAGUCUUGGGAAAUGAAGGUCAUUGCAAUGAGAGACAACCGAGACAUGAAAACGACGAGCACAACCAAGAUUUUCAGUGAUCUUAAGGCGUACGAGUUUGAACAUGAACCGAAAGAUGUCGAAGAAUCAGAAACGAGAAAUGUAGCUCUCGUGGCCAACCAACAAUCAACAACAUCUAACAGGUCAAAAUCUAACUCUUGUGAAUUCUUAUCUGAUGAACAGUAUGACCUAUUUGUUAGGAAGAUGAAGAGGUUCAUGAGGAAGAACAACUUUCAAGACUCACAUCGUUCGGGCCACCGAAAGCAACACGAAAGCUCACCUCAAACCUCAAAGCCAGAAACUUCAGACUCGCAAUUGCUGUGCUACAACUGUCGGAAACCAGGACACUUCAAGGCCAACUGUCCUCAUCCAAUAGUAAGCAAACAUCAAGAUGGCAACGCUACCAAAAGCCCAUCCAAGGAGACUGGAGAGAGAUACAAAAGAAAUGACAAGCCAGAAUCAUCAAGCUCCAGAAACGAAAGAAGAAGAAAGGCUAUGGUAGUGAACGAAACUCAUGACACUGUUGAGGCCGAAAGUAGUUCCUCAAGCUCAAGUUCAGACGACGAAAGCACAGAAGAGGAAAAAGGACUGCUAUGCCUGUUCAGCCAAGAAUCAGAAGAUCUAUGCCUUAUGGCUGACGAGGAUGAGGUAAAUUCUCAAUCAUCUUCUUGUUAUUCAGCAGAGUCCAGUUCUGUAGGGAGUCAAACUUCCAAUGAAUCCAUUACCGAAAUGAUGAGGGAGUUCAAAGUGAUCAAAAGCACACACUCCAAGCUUAAGGAGGAGAACUCUCGGCUUAUGAUUAGCUAUAAUGCGCUAAGGCAAGUUCGAGUUGAGAACAUAAUGCUAACCAUUGCUAAGAAGCAACUUGAGGAAAAUGUUCUCGCUCUAAAGGAGCAGUGCACAGCAAGAGAAAAGAGAGAGCAAGAACUUCUUGAAGUCUUAGAUAAAUUCAAUAAUUCGUCCAAUUUAAUGGACCGAAUGAUAAAUGAAUCUAGACUGCCCGAGGAAAGAACGGGAAUUGGUUUUGACCCCAGCUCUUCUUCACAACCUAAUAAGAAUAUUCAAUCAAGGAAAAAGUCGAAUGUUGACCAGAGGCAAUAUCGUCCAAAGCCAACACGAAAGAAUCCUGAUCAAGGAAGCCAGAGAAAUGGACAAGUCAGACAAAACGAAAGAUCCUUCAAAAGAUCUGGCUAUGGCAAUGGAUGGACUAGGCCAUCAGAGGAAGAUUGGUUUGAUUACCCAGAACCUCUAUCAAGAGCUGAAUUUGAGAUAAUUCAUCUGCGUAAACAAAACAAUCAUCUCAAGUAUUAUGAAAAUCCUCCUCAAGAAUAUUUUCGCGAGAGAUAUAAUGCUAAAACCUUUGCCAGUAUCCAUUAUGAUUACCGCACGUCUAAUGGCAAUGCAGAUCUCAGUCAAGAAUGGCACAACAAGUUGAGUCAUCUAAAUCUGAAAACAAUCAACAAACUUGCAAAGAAAAAUCUUGUGAGAGGACUACCUGAAGCAUCCUACAUAAAAGACAAAAUUUGUGAAGCGUGUCAAAAGGGAAAACAAAUCAAAUCAUCCUUCAAGUCCAAAGAUGUGGAUGCCAACUCUCGUUCAUUAAGUCUUCUACACAUGGAUCUCUUCGGACCAGUUGAUCCAGCAAGUCUAAGUGGAAGAAAGUAUACUCUCGUCAUAGUAGAUGAUCACACGAGAUAUACUUGGGUGCUUUUCUUGAAGAAAAAGAACGAAACAGAAGUCGUUCUCCCCAAUCUCUUGAGGCAACUUCAGACAGAAAAAGAAGUCAAAAUCAUUCGGAUAAGAUCAGAUCAAGGAACUGAGUGCUUUAUUCACAACAAUGGAAAGAAUCAUUUGAGAGCCUUUGACGAAAAAGCAGACGAAGGAUUGUUCAUGGGUUAUUCCUCAAUAAGCAAGGCCUUUAGAGUUCUAAAUAAACGAACGAUGGUAAUUGAGGAAUCUAUUCAUGUCAAAUUCGAUGAACUAUCUGAGAAAAAUCCAGCUGGUAUUGAAUCAUCAAGUAAUCCACAUCAAAACCCUCAAUCAAAUGAAGAAGAGGUUUCAGAUGAUGAAGAAGAUAUAUUAACUUCCUACACGAAAUAUCAGUUGAAGAUCUUUGAGCCCGAAACCACAACACAAGAAAAUGUCAACGUACAACAAAACACUCCUGAUGUUCAAGCACCAUCCGAACCUAUGAUCUACGUUCAGCUUCCUUAUAUUCCUGAAAUGGAUGCACAAAAUCAGCAAAAUAUUCUUGAACCCGAUCUUAGAUGGUUAAGAGAUCAUCCUCCGGAUCAAGUGAUUGGAAAUGUUCAAGAAGGACUACGAACAAGAGCCUCUCUGCACGAAAAUAUGAUGGCUUGUUUCUUAUCACAAAUAGAACCCAAGUCCAUAGAAGAAGUCUUAAGUGAUCCUGACUGGGUAAUAGCCAUGCAAGAAGAGCUUCAUCAGUUUGAAUGA